AUGAGACGGGAGGGAGUUCCUGACGAACCUAUUGGAUUUGGUACCAGAGAUACCAGGGUACCAGAGGUCUAUCAGAGUUUCAGGAUCAGUCUCCACCAGCGUAGAUGUAUUUGGGAGGUAAAACGGUACAAUAAACCUCAUACUUGUCUGGCCAUGUCGAUUUCGAGCGAUCAUAGGAGUCUUGAUUAUCAUGUGAUCUCGGCCUUCAUACUGCCAAUGGUUAGAGCUGAUACAGCCGUCUGUAUCAAGGUACUGUUGAAUGUGAGAGAGGCACAUUUCGGGUUUAGGCCAACUUAUAGGAGGGUUUGGUUGGCUAAGCAGAAGGUCGUGACACAUAUUUAUAGACAUUUGGAUGAGUCAUAUAAUGAGUUGCCACGAUGGGUCUUAGGUGUGCAGAUGACGAUGCCUAAUAGUGUUGCAGUGUUAAGGACGAGUUCUGUGCAAGUGGGUGGGCAGGUGGACGACUCGCAAGCCUAUUUUCACCGAAUUUUUUUGACAUUCCCACCGCAUAUUGAGACAUUCCGGCAUUGCAAGCCGUUGGUCAGUGUCGACGGGACCCACUUGUACGGCAAAUACGGGGGUACGUUGCUAGUUGCGAUUGCACAAGACGGAAACUCCAACAUCCUGCCUAUUACAUUUGCACUCGUGGAGGGUGAGAAUGCUAAGUCCUGGUCAUUUUUUCUAUCCCACCUCUGCUAUCAUGUGACUCCACAGCCGGGUAUUCUGGUGAUAUCAGAUUGGCACAACGGUAUCAAGGUAGCACUUGAGGCUCCCGACGGAGGUUGGCUACCACCUGCUACAUACCGUGGCAAGGAUGCACGGAGGCUUUUGGUGAAUGCGGCGUAUGCCAAGACUAACGUUGAAUUUGAUUACUGUUUUGAUAUUCUACAAACCGAAGACCCUUCCAUGUGGGACUGGGCUAACAAGAUUGAGUAUGCGAUGUGGACUCAGCAUCGGGAUGAGGGUAGGAGAUUCGGACAAACGACGAUGAAUAUCUCCGAGUGUGUGAAUUCCAUACUGAAGUGA